UAUCAAACCUCUCCGAAGCGACGACAAAAGUGGUAUUGCAGCAAGCUCACAGCUCAGUACCUUGGUUGUUUGUCAAGCUAAUAGGACGUACGCAAGAUGACCGAAAUAGUGGAAUUCUCUGAACUGCGGCUAAGCAAGAAAAGGCUUGGAAGUGGAGCUGCCGGAGAGGUGCGAAGAGCCUGCUGGCGGGGACAGGAGAUUGCCGUAAAGUUGUUCGACUAUUUCAACAAGUUCGCAGAAAGGGAAAUCACCCAUUUGGCACGACUGAAGCACAAAAAUAUUAUCAAGGUGUACGGCACUUCGAAAACCGGCAAUGACACCUACUUGCUCAUGGAAUAUGUGGCGGGCGGUUCCCUGCAUGACUUCCUGCACGGCAAGGAUCAGAGGAAGUUCUCUGUGGAGGAGGCCAUCAACUUGGCGAGACAGUGUGCUUUGGGCAUGGCUUAUAUGCAUUCCAUGGAGCCAAAGACCCUAGUCCACCGCGACAUAAAACCACGAAACAUGCUUCUGACCAAUAUGUUCAAAGAUCUCAAAAUCUGCGACUUUGGCACGGCGACGGAUUUGGCCACAUAUCUGUCCAAUAUGCGCGGAACUCCAGCAUAUAUGGCCCCAGAGGUUUAUCGCGCAAAGCAGUACACGGAGAAGUGCGAUGUCUACAGCUUCGGCAUUAUGUUGUGGGAGAUAAUGGCCCGGAAGUUGCCUUUCAGCCAUUUGCCGAACCCUUCAAAUGGCUUUGCCGUCUUGGGAGCCGCAGAACGGGGUAUUCGCCCUCCCAUAGACGACGUCCGACCCGACUGCUGGAAGGGAAUCAAACAUUUGAUACAACGUUGCUGGGACAAGGAUCCCGCCCUCCGUCCCAGCAUGCAAAAGGUGGAAAAGUAUCUAGGCAUGUUGGGGGCCUCCGUUAACUAUAAGGAUUUUGUCCAUGUCUUGGACGAUGUCAGCAUGGCCGUGGUGACCUUCCACAUGGAAAAGGGUCCCUCUGGCUGGCGGCGUUAUGUGCGAGUGGAGUUUUGGCGAAAACAGAUACGAACCGCUCGUCUGACUUUCUCCAUGGUCGACUUUAACCAAACGGGCAAGAAGGUGGUGAGGGAGUCCAUCCGAGCUUUGAAAGAUGGCAAAAGGGAAGUCCUGCGAGUGGAAAAGCAGGUAGAGCGGGAAGCCUCACGGGUCUAUGAGAAUUGCGAGCGGGAAACACGAGUUGCUGCCGAUGAUGUGGUGCGGGAAACAGGACGAGCUACCGAAGAUGUGGUGCGAGAAACGGGACGAGCUGCCGAGGAUGUGGCGCGAGAAGCAGCACGAGCUGCCGAGGAUGCCGCUAGAGCUGCAGAGGCAGCGGAGAGGGAAGCUAGGCGAAUCAAGGACCAACUAGCCAACGAGGCGAAGCGGCUUCUGGAGGAGAAGGAGGCCCAGAGGAUCAAGGAUCAAAUUGCCAACGAGGGCAAAAGGAUAUUAAAAAGAUUUCGAUUCUAGACCAAAAAUGAUUAUUAAUUUGUUAUGGUAAUGUGCGAUGAGCGGGGAAAUUAUUAAUAAAGCCGACUGCAGUCCUUUUUUGGUUUUCCA